AUGAUUGAUAUUGACCAUCUAGUGACUCGUUCUCAUAAACUCAACGAUCGGGACCAUCCAGCCGAUGGCAUCGUGGCUCUAAAUGAACAACCACCGCGCUACUUUGGAAAGUCGGGCCCUACUGAUGCCGAUCCACGCAAGACUAAGAAAGAUGGAGGUGGCAAAGGUAAUUGGGGUCGCUCCGGGGAUGAAUCACAGGACUGCGGCUAUACUUUCACCAAUGCCCGGCGCCAUUCGAAUAGCAGUACUCAGGGUCUAACCGAUUUCAGAACGAAAUUUGAGACGGUCGAGCCUGAGCCUGUCUUUGAGGAGCAGCUCCACGAAAUACCUGAUGUGACCGACGUGGAUGAAAGUGUGACGAAAGUGGAGUCGACCAGCAGCAGCAACGACAGUGAAACAGACCAGGGAGGUGUCAAGUAUUAA